UUGCGCCCGCGCAGCCUCCGCUCAGUGUAGGUACCAACCAAAGGCUGCGCAACGCGCUCCACCGAUCUCGCGGCCGACGACGUUCGCGCGAAAAUGAAAACGAUCUUCUAAAUUUGAAAUUUUGUUUUUUUUUUAAUCGGAGUUAACAUUAUUGCCUUUUUAAUUUAUUUUUUAAUAUUCAUAAAUUUAUUGAUAUCGGCCAGUGUUUAUAAAAAAAAUAAAAAUGUUCUUCACAAACGUACCAAGUGUACUGCUAAUAUCGCUAGUGCUUCUAGUUAAUGCACAGCGAACAUCUAACAACAUGAGAGAUGUUGAUCCUCAAGAGUUGGCGCGGCAGAACAAGAUCACCAAGCAGAUUCUAGAAGCAUUCAUUCAGAAGAAACUUGGAUUGAGGACUAACAACAUAAGAACACCUUCUAUAACUGAUAUACUACCGAUAAGAAUACAGACAGAGGAACGUAAUGUGAGAGAAUCUAGUGGAAAAGAUCUAGAGGAAGAAGAAGAAGAAAUUUUGGAAGAGACACAAGAGCAGGAAGCGCCGGAAGACGACAGUUUACAAAGCGUCGAAACAGAACAGAUCGAUUCUAUUUACGAUUCAGAUGGCAGAAGAAAAUAUCCGAGUCCGCCGUUUGAGCCCGAAUUGGAACCCGGACAAUAUCAAUGCACAAGUUGCAAUGACGACGAACUUGGUAUCACGAGAUGGACGAUGCCGUUGCUAAAAACAGGAGAGAAGAGAUAUUACUUAGGAAUAUUCUUUAAGGCUAAUUGGUUUAAGGCGCAACAGUACUGCAGAUUCCACGGCAUGCACCUCGCUUCAAUUGCCUCGCAGCAGGAGAACGACAAACUGGAACAAUAUGUCAAAGAUUCAGGAUAUGGACGCGAGCACUUUUGGACGUCAGGCACCGAUUUGGCUGAGGAAGGAAAUUUCUUCUGGAUGGCAAACGGCAGACCGUUGACAUUCGUCAAUUGGAACGCGGGCGAGCCAAACAACUUCAGAUACGAGAACGGAGAAGAGGAAAACUGUCUGGAACUGUGGAACAGAGACGACAAAGGGCUCAAAUGGAACGACUCGCCGUGCUCCUUCGAAACGUACUUCAUCUGCGAAGUCCGGUCGGAUUGAUAAAUGGCAAUCCUUUUAUGUGAUAGAAAUCUAGUGUGCUAGAUAACGCCAUCUCAUGAAUAUGUUUCAUUUAUUUUUUCUCAUUAAAACCACCGAAUUUAACACCCUUACAUAUCAGAGUCAGGAAUUCAUGAUAGUUAUGAAUAAACACGCUUAAAUACGGCGAUUGUGAGUGUUCGGUGGAUUUACGCCAUUUCACGUAAGAAAGAUCAUUUGAAUGCACAUAAGUGUUCGUUUAAGAUUCGGAACGUUUUACCACAGAUGCAACUGUACCAAGGCCGUAGUUUUAUGUUUAUAGAAUGAAUUUACGAAACAUUACAAAGUCGUAUGUAUAAUGAGUCGAUUUGCAAAGUAUUGUUGGGAAAGUCAUCGAACGAUGCUCGGUAAAGAAUAGUAUAGAAAACAUUAAGAAUGUUUAUUUAUUUAUUUCUCGACCUUGUGGUUGUGGAAUUUUACAAACUUGUAUCAUUUAUAUUUUAUUUUGCAACGAUCACUGCCUUAAGAUCUUAGGAACCUCCGGGCUCGGCCCAGGGACACCGUGUGUCCAUAGUCAAAUAGUGGAUAAACAAAGUUACCUUAGAUUUAAAUGUAUAUAGAUUAAGUACGAACAAUAAAUUCACAUAAAACAAGUUAA